GUAAUUUACCUUUUAACUUUCUUUAUACGUUUUUCAUAAAUUUUGUGAGUGCACAUAUAAUCAACUAGUGUUCAUCAUGAUAAGUGUUAAUCUGUUUACUGUGAGAAACAUCAUUUAUAUUAUUCUAUAUCUAUUCGAUUUGAAAACUUUAAAAUGCCACCCAAAGCAAGAUUACACAGAGUAACAGGAAAACCUACGAAAAUUCCACAAAAAAGUGUUGAACAACCUUCCACAAGUGUUGGAUUAUCUCCAGAGUUAGAACAGCAAUUUGAAGUUGAAUUAUGUUGGUGCAUACAGCAGCUGCAACUAGCCCUUAAGUCGGGAAAGCUAAAUAAUAAACAAGUUCAAGAUCACACAAAAACACUAAACACACUUAUGAGUAAUUCGACUCCCUUAGUCAAAAAGAGACAAGUUAUGAGAUUGUCAUUUGGUGAUUAUCGGGCAAAAAUGGCAGCAGAGGAUAAGAAAUUAUCAAGAAAUGCUACAAACAUAAAAGUUGUGCCUGGUAACCCAAGUAAAAAAUCAGUUUUUAUUAAAAAAUCUGCAUUUUGCACUGGAAAUAAUUUUAAAUUUAACUUUAAUAUUCCAAAAGACAAUAUUUCAGAAGAAUUAGAAAGUAUUAAGUUACAAGAUGAUGAAGUGGCCAAAGACAAAAAUCAAGAUGUCAAACCAUGUUUUACUCCUUCUGAUAAUAGUUUUAGGUUUAAUUUUGGUAUUGAAAAUGAUACAUAAUUGUAUUUUAUAUAUUAAUUAAUAAAUAAUCAUAAAACAAACAAGAC